UCAUCCAAUUCCUAUUAGUAAAUUACCAUUCAUAUUCAACAUAACCCAAUGGCUUCAAUGGGUGGUCAAGAGGCAAAUGAACAAGAUCACAAGCUAACUCUCUCCCUUCCGAGAGAGAAAGGUUGGGCAUGUUCAUAUCUCUAUUUAUUUCAAGAUUUUUGGUUCCCUUCAAUUCAUAUUCAUGGUGUAAACAACUGUCAAAAAUACUUUCAAGCAAAAGACAAUGAUGUUUUAGUUGCUAGCAUUCCAAAAUCAGGCACCACUUGGUUGAAAGCCCUUACUUUUUCCGUUGUAAAUCGCCAACGCUUCACUUUUGAGAACCAUCCAUUACUUACUUCCAAUCCUCAUGAACUCGUACCUUUCCUUGAGUUUGUCUUUCGUGAAGGUAUCAAUGACCAAAUUCAUCAGUACCUAUCAAACUUGACCGAGCCAAGACAUUUUGGUACUCAUAUUCCAUUUCCUUCAUUGCCUAAAUCAAUCAAGGAAUCUAAUUGUAGGAUCAUUUAUAUUUGUAGAAACCCAUUUGAUACUUUUAUUUCAGCCUGGACUUUCUUCAAUAAAAUUAAGCCAGAGUCUUCACCUGAAUUAACCAUAGAGGAUGCUUUUGAAAGGUACUACAAGGGAAUAAUUGGGUUUGGUCCAUAUUCGAACCACAUGCUAGGUUACUGGAAGGAGAGCAUAGAUAAACCAAACAAGAUUCUUUUCUUGAAGUAUGAGGAUCUUAAAGAAGAUGCUAAUUUUCACGUGAAAAGAAUUGCCGAAUUCUUGGGUUGUCCUUUUACCCAGGAGGAGGAAAGUAGUGGAGUGAUUGAAAGCAUAAUUAAGCUAUGUAGCUUUGAAAAGAUGAAGGAUUUAAAAGUCAAUAAAUCUGGAAUUGUAGAUAUGAACAUUGAGAAAAAGAACUAUUUUCGGAAAGGUGAAAUCGGAGAUUGGGUAAAUUACCUUUCCCCUUCUAUGGUAGAAAAACUAUCCAAAAGCAUCAAAGAAAAAUUAACUGGAUCGGGUCUAUCGUUUAAACCGUGUCCUUAAAGCCAGUGAUCAACAUAUUUUGUGGUUAGUUUAUAUAAUAAGCGACUACAAGAAACAAGCAUGUAGCAGUAAUGUGCAAGACAAAUGCUAUUGUAGUUUUUUGUUAUCAUCCAUCCAUGUUUUGUUGGAUAAGAAAUGUGUGUUAAAGUUACGAGU